AUGAACGCAUCAAUCCUGAAUCUCCCGAUAGAAUUAUUAUCUUUGAUUUUUGAACAUCACCAAAAUCAAACACAGGAAGAGCCCAACGACCUACUCGCGGAAAUUGUUGUAUCACACGUCUGCUCUGCCUGGCGAUCGAUAGCGAUAGGACAUCCCAAAUUGUGGUCGUGGUACGCAUAUCGCCACGAGAAAAGGCAUAAACAGGAAUUAGAGCGACUUGUCGUUUAUCUCGAACGAUCUUGCAACCAUCCUCUGUAUUUGUGGUUCGUACUCCGGUCAUAUCUCCCUGGCCCACGUAUCCUCCACCCUAGGACACACUCCGAUUCCAAAGAAUCAAGAGCAAUUUCUCUAUUACAGAAAGCCACAGAGCACGCUCGCAGAUGGCGUUGUAUCUCAAUCGACAUUCGAGGGGAGGAAGAAUCCGAUCAAAGCUUGUGGAGUUUCUUCUCGCCUCUACAAAAUUUAUCUUUCCCAGAACUGGAGACCUUUGAGGUGUACGUGCCACACUUAUUGAGCAGUGCUUGCUCAGGUGACUUGUGUGGUGGUGAACUGGCGACUCCUAAGCUGUGGUUUGUUCGCAUAGACCCCAUCCCUUUUGCGCACUUCAUUCCACCACACAGUAUCACAACACUUGAGUUACAUUGGGAGUACGGAGACCCAUACCCAUUAAUGCCCAAUUUUUUCCAAGAAUUAUGGGAUAUCAUGGCCUCUCCGAUGUUGACGACCGUAUCCAUAAUUGGAGAGAUGUUGGAUGAUGAAUACGCUAAGGAGUUCCGGACAAAGAAGAAACGGCUUUCCACCUCUAUCAAAAACCUUCGGUGCAGUAGCUCUAUAUUCUCGAGCGCUAUAUUUCGUCAUUUUCAGUUCCCUCAGCUGGAAGUGCUCUGGUUGCGGGAGAUUGUCCUCCGGGAAAUAUUUGAGGAUGUUCAACCAAUCGACCCGACUUCGAAGAUCUUUCCUAGUCUACGAACUCUUAUUCUGCUCAACUGCGAGAGCGCUCAGGAUUCAUACAUAAUUACUCUCGCCCAAUACACGCAGAAUGUGAGGCAUCUAUUCGUCAUCCAAGAACCGGAUUUUUUAGAAGAGGAUCCAUUUGACCUUGGAGAACGAUCGGUGUUCUUCGUGAUAGUCGACGAGAAGAUCCUUUCCAAUACAACUAUAUGGCCUGAUCUCGACACCAUUACGUUCUCUAGACCAAUAGACUAUGAUGUCUCAUCGGAACAAGUUGCAUCAUGCAUCGACAUUGUCCAAAAGCGGAAAAAACAAUGUAUGCUCCGCGUCCCCAGGUAUAACGCGGAGCGCUGGGAAUCAGAAGACCCUGUACUGUGGACGUCAUUUUCGGAUACAGGAAAGCUCGAGAUAAUUCCUGUCGAUGCCAACAAGUCGAUAGGACGCUGGUUGCCUUGGCCUUUGCGAGAGCCUCAAGGGAUCAAACGUCCCGCUGACAUCUACGAUGGAGAUCCAUUCUUGCGUCCUAUGGAUUCUAGUCUUGAAUACCUAUGA